UGUGAUGGCUAUAUAAUAGCUGGUCAUUUGUACAUGAAAUGACCCCUGACGCUCUCCUAGGGGUAAUUUUUGACCCAAGGGCAGCAGGCGGGGUUCGAGAGAAGUGACUGGGCGGAAAACACAACCUGCACUGCGCCUUUAAUCCGCUGUCCUCCUCCGUCUCUUCCCCGUUCCGCUGCUUUGUUUUCGUCGCUCCUUUAAAAAAAAAAAAAAUUCGUUCGAGUCAUGGCUGCUCAUUCUACCGAAGAACCGUUUCCUUUCCACGGACUUCUGCCCAAGAAAGAAACCGGCGCUGCCUCCUACCUCACCAGGUUCCCGGAGUACGAUGGGCGAGGGGUGCUCAUCGCGAUCCUCGACACCGGCGUGGAUCCGGGGGCUCCCGGCAUGCAGGUCACAACUGAAGGAAAGCCAAAGAUCGUCGACAUCAUCGACACAACAGGAAGUGGUGACGUGAACAUGACCACAGUGGUAGAACCCAAAGACGGGACAAUCGGCGGCCUCUCCGGCAGAACACUUAAGAUCCCUCCUGCCUGGGUCAAUCCAUCAGGGAAGUAUCACAUUGGAGUUAAAAAUGGCUACGAGUUCUUCCCUAAGGCUCUUAAAGAAAGAAUACAGAAAGAGAGAAAAGAGAAACUGUGGGACCCACCGCACAGAGCAGCCCUCGCUGAAGUUUGUCGCAAGACAGAAGAGUUUGACCUCGCUCAUCCAACACCUUCGCAGAUGGAGAAGCUGCAGAAAGAUGAGCUGCAGAGUCAGUCAGAACUGUUGGCCUCGCUGGAAAAGAAAUACAGUGAUCCUGGCCCAGUGUUUGACUGCGUACUUUGGCAUGAUGGCACCACGUGGAAGGCUGUAGUGGACACAUCAGAGUGUGGAGAACUGUCCCAGUGCACGGUGCUGAGCUCUUACAGAGAAAAACAAGAGUAUGCCACAUUAGGAAAUGCUGAGAUGCUUAACUACUCUGUCAAUAUAUACGACGAGGGAAACACACUCUGCAUUGUUACCAGUGGAGGGGCUCAUGGGACACAUGUGGCAAGCAUCGCGGCAGGCUACUUCCCAGAGGAACCAGAACGUAACGGCGUUGCUCCUGGUGCUCAAAUUCUGGCUCUGAAGAUCGGAGACACUCGCCUCAGCACCAUGGAAACGGGCACCGGACUCAUCCGCGCGAUGAUUGAAGUGAUCAACUACAAGUGUGACCUGGUUAACUACAGCUAUGGGGAAGCCACUCACUGGCCUAAUUCAGGGAGGAUUUGUGAGGUGAUCACAGAGGCUGUGCAGAAGCACAAUGUGAUUUUUGUGUCGAGCGCAGGAAACAACGGCCCCUGCCUUUCCACCGUCGGCUGCCCCGGAGGAACCACCGGCAGCGUCAUCGGUGUUGGAGCGUAUGUGACUCCAGACAUGAUGGUGGCCGAGUAUUCCCUGAGAGAGAAGCUGCCCCCUAACCAGUACACGUGGUCUUCCAGGGGCCCCAGCACUGAUGGGGCCCUGGGAGUCAGCAUCAGUGCCCCUGGUGGUGCCAUCGCCUCUGUGCCCAACUGGACCCUUCGUGGCACCCAGCUGAUGAACGGAACGUCCAUGUCGUCUCCCAACGCCUGCGGAGGCAUCGCGCUCGUCCUCUCAGGCCUGAAGCAGAAUGGGAUCCAACCUUCUGUUCCUGCUGUGAGGAGAGCGCUGGAGAACACGGCUCUGAAGGUCGAUGACAUCGAGGUGUUUGCUCAGGGUCAUGGAAUAAUCCAGGUGGACAAGGCUUUAGACUACCUCACUCAACACGCCUCUUUACCCACAAGCCACCUGGGCUUCUCAGUAAGUGUGGGAUCACAGAGAGGCAUCUACCUCAGGCAUCCAGCCCAAGUUCUCGCACCUUCAGAUCACGGAGUUGGAAUUGAGCCCGUCUUCCCAGAAAACACAGAAAACUCUGAGCGAAUCUCCCUGCAGCUGCAUUUGUCGCUCACCUGUACCGCCCCGUGGGUUCAUUGUCCGUCCCAUUUAGAGCUGAUGAACCAAUGUCGUCACAUCAAUGUCCGCAUCGACCCGACGGGUCUGAGAGAAGGAGUUCACUACACCGAGGUGUGUGGAUACGAUACAGCUGCACCAAGCUGUGGUCCACUAUUCAGAGUCCCGAUUACGGUUAUUAUCCCCCUCAAAGUGACAGAUGGUCGUAACGAAGAGGUGCGAUUCACAGACGUCCACUUCAGACCAGGACAGAUCAAACGCCACUUCAUCACGGUUCCUCAGGGGGCCUCCUGGGCAGAAAUCACUCUGACCUCUCAUUCAGGAGACGUGUCGUCAAAGUUCGUACUUCACGCGGUGCACCUGGUCAAACAGAGAGCCUACAGGGCUAACGAGUUCUACAAGUUCUCCUCAUUAUUAGAAAAAGGUUCUCUCACGGAGGCUUUCCCAGUUCUGGCAGGUAAGGUGGUAGAGUUUUGCAUCGCACGCUGGUGGGCGAGUCUGGGGGGCGUCACUGUGGACUACAGCAUCUUAUUUCACGGACUCAGCAUUUCUCCUUCGCCCCUGCACAUCAAUGCCUCAGAGGGAGUGACGAGUUUUGAGGUGUCCUCGCCUCUUAGAUAUGAAGAGUUGUCCCCUACCAUCACACUUAAGUCGUGGGUUCAGCCUCUCAGGCCCUUAAGUUCAAAGAUAAAAGCUUUAGGAAUGCGGGAUGUUCUGCCUAACAACAGACAACUUUAUGAAAUAGUCCUCACGUACAGCUUUCACCAGCCUAAGAGUGGGGAGGUUACACCCAGCUGCCCGAUGCUGUGUGAGCUGCUGUACGAGUCUGAGUUUGACAGUCAGCUCUGGAUGCUGUUUGAUCAGAACAAGAGACUCCUGGGUUCAGGAGAUGCCUACCCACACCAGUAUUCGCUAAAGCUGGAGAAGGGAGAUUACACCGUACGACUGCAGGUCCGCCACGAGCAGUCCAGCGAGCUGGAGCGCCUAAAGGAUCUGCCGUUUGUGGUGUCUCACCGUCUGUCCACCACCCUCAAUCUGGACGUGUACGAGACGCACCGCGCUGCACUCAUGGCCAAGAAGAAGGCGAACUCCGUCACCCUGUGUCCAGGUGGUACACAGCCUUUCUACGUCACAAGUCUGCCUGACGACAAGUGA